GUCAUUGAUUGAUUGGAUGACAACAAGGACGGCAAAACGGGACAUACAUACAUGAACACGAGUGCACAGGGGUCGAUGCAGAGUAGAUAGAUGAGAUGCUCCCUCAGGAAAAAACCAACCAUAUGAAUGGGUCUGACUCAACACUCACGCACACGCGCACGGACCAUUUCUGUCUGGUGGAGGCAUUUCGUCCCCCCAUCCAUCCAUCCAUCCAUCCACCCACACAGUCCGUCGACGAACCAGCCAUGCACCGAGCCGAACCACCAACACGACGGUACGGACGUCCCCUACCCAACCAACGCAUGACAGACAACUGACUGACCUGUACGUAUGUAUGUAUGUAUGUGCGCAUCUCCUCACCUCAUCGUUGUCUAUAUGUAUCUAGUCGGAUGUCUGUUCUUCUCUACCCCGCGCCUCACUAUCGGAAAUCCCUGUGCUGCCCCCUUUCUCCUGUCCACCCUCUCCUCCCUCGUCCCCGUCCUUUUCCCCCUUGUCUGGGUCCUGAGACCCUGCCGUAGCCGACCUUAGCGCCAAAGGCAGGGGACACAGCAGCCACAACAGGAACAGCGCAGCCAAAGCUACUGCUUUGUUCGUCACCCCUCUCCGCCCUUGCCGCUUGUCCCGGCCUCUCAAGACGGCUAUCCACACCGCAGCCAAGCCAGUCCACGCAGCGUGAAUGACGGCAGAGGUCGCCGAGGACGUCAGCCGCACUGCCAGCGACGAGCAACUUACGGGGGAACGGGUGCUGCUCGAGGGGGACGGGGACGACGACGGGCAAGAACGGUUUAACGCACGGCCCUCGUACGUCUGAUUGAAUGAACCGACAGACCAACAACAACACACGCACAGACGCAGGCAGGGACCACACACCAACACACGCACAGUGAGAGUACGGGUGGGUGCGGCGCACUAGCCCCCCCGUUCUUUCUGUCUGUAUCCGUGUAUGCAUAUGGUUGGUCCUACGUACGUACCUGGUCUGUGCAAGUCGAGUUGUCCCUGUCUGUCUGUCUGUCUGUCUGUGUGUGUGUAUGUAUGUGUGUGUGUGUAUGUAUGUGGUUUGGGUGCGGCUGUGCGUCCCUUAGUUUGUACGUACCUGGACGAGAAAGGUGACGGUUCGGCUUUGGCCGAUGGCCUGUCGGGCAUUGAAGAGCCAGCUCUUUCUUGCGUUUGCUUCGGCGGGCUGUUCAUGGGCGCUGGUGGUGGCCGUGCUGCUAGUAGCUUUGUCGCGAUGUCGGGUGAAGAGGGCGAGUGUGUGUCCCCCCCUUUGCCGCGUGUCCCAGUACCCCUCUCUGCCCUCUCUUUGUCUCCAUGACGGCAGCUCCUCGAUGCUCAGCUCCUUGUGCUCGUCGAUGGGCGGGAGGGCCAUAUGUAUUGCCGGGGAUAGAUAGAUAGAACCGUGGGUGGGAUGGGCUGCCCGCUCGAUGAGCUGUCCUCUCCUCUCCUUCCCCUCCUCGCUUCUUUACC